AUGGCGAAUAAUACAUUCAACAAUGAACCGUCCUUGGAAAUGAUAUCCAGAGAGGUCGAUGACGGCGUAGACAACAAGAACAUGGGCGAGCAUAUCGAGAAUAAUGCUCCUAUCGCCCAAAACGAACUUCUCGAGACAAGAUACUCGACCCUCAACCGGGUCCAGUCUGUGAGGGCUUUCUGGAAGGCUAUCCUUUUCUGCACAAUUCUACUUUGGUCUGCUUUGAACGAUGGAUUCCAACAACAAGUCCCGGGUAACAUCUUGUCCUUACCCGCAUUCGUUGCCCAAUUAGGCGACACUGUGGUGAACGGUCAACGGUCCGAGAGUGCAAAGGUUGUCUCGUACUGGCAAGGGUUCGCCGAAAUGUCGAAGACUUUGGGAAUGUUUGCGGGAGGUACUUUGAUGGACCGAUUUGGUCGAAAACCUGCAAUGAUCACUGCUCUGGUCAUUUUGCUUGCCGGUUCCAUCGCAGAGAUCGCUUCGCAAAAGUGGCAAGAUUGGCUGGGCGCUGCAGUGCUCGUCAGACUUGGUGUUGGACUUGCUCAAACCAUUCUUAUUACUUAUGUCUCGGAAUUGGCGCCUUUCCAAGUUCGAGGUUUCAUGAUCGGGGCUUAUCAAGUACUUUUGACUACCGGUCAACUAAUUGUCGCCAUCGCCGCGAAACUCAUGGAAGUUCAUCAACCCACAAAGUGGCGACCAUUGAUCGCUAUCGAGUUCAUGUUCACCGGAGUAUCCCUCAUCACUAUCUGGUUUGUCCCCGAGUCGCACAUCUUCCAUGCUCGUAGAAACGAGCAUGAGAAAGCCAAGAAAUCGAUGCUCCAACUCUACGGUACCGCACCUGGCUAUGACGUCGAAUGGGAAUACCGAGUCGUGCAAGAAGGUAUUGAGGUGGAGCGAAAAUUGUUCCAUUCAAACGGGGCUAGCUUCUUCGACAUCUUCCGAGGCAACAAUUGGCGCCGAACGUUGGCCGGUUCUGUCGGUAUCUGCAGUCAAUGGGCUGCUGGAGCACCUAUAGUAUUCAGUUACUCUACUUAUUUCUUCACCGUCGCUGGACUUGACAAUCCAUUCCUCGUUUCCAUUCUUACCUUCCUUUUGGGUAUGAUCGCACAAAGUUCUGCGCUUUGGCUCUGUGAGAUUUACGGACGUAGACCUCUGCUCGUCGGUGGUUGUUUCCUUAUGUGUAUUUUCAAUAUCGCAAUUGCCUCAACUUCCUUCUCGUCAUCGGCCGCAAGCGGAAAGGCUGGACUCGCAUGCCUGCUCUUAUGGGUUAUUUGCUAUGGACUUUCUGCAGGACCAAUCGGUUUCGUUGCGGCGGGAGAAACCUCCACACCCCAUCUUAGAGCUCAAACUACAUCAUUCAACCUUGGUUGCUAUGGUUUAGGAUUCGUCGUGUUCCAAUGGUCUAUCUCUUACAUGAUCAGUCCUGAUGCCGCGAACUUGGGUUUGAAGGCCAUUUACAUCUGGGCUGGUCUUCUUGUUCCUACCACAAUCAUUCUUUACUUGUUCUACCCUGAGACAUACGGUCGUACCUACUGGGAAUUGGACGAGCUUUACGACCGAAAAAUUCCCGCUUGGCGAUUCAAGAACACUAAAACCUCGUCCGAAUUGGCCGGACACAAGAACAAGCAGCUCGUCCAUUACGGUCAUUAA